AUGUUAGACGAGCUAGACAACGCCUUCGACGAUCAUCCCUCAUUGGAUGCGUCGCUCGAGGACUUCGAGACUAACAGCAGCACCGCUCGUCGCUCCCCUACCUUUGGCCUUCCCUCUCAACAUUCCGGCUUCCGCUCCGAGGAGUCGGAAGGGGAGGAAGAGGACCUCACGCCUAACGGUGUGCGUUGGUCCCCUCCGGCAUUACGCGGGUAUGAUGACCAGGUCCGGGGAAGCGGAUGGUACCGUCAUCAGCCCUAUGUGCGCACGAUCAACCAGGACCGUCUCUGCCUCAUGCCGUCCGUGGGGCUCAGCCCGUCGCAAUCGCGCGAACCCAGUCCGCAGUAUGAGGAUGCGCUCGAGGCGCCUACCGCAGGUAGACGCUGCCAGUCCACAGAGUCGGGCGACAUAACUAUCGCGGCCAGUGUCCCGUUGCCAGCCGAUGCAAAGACACCGCAAAAAGGCCGAUCGCCAAGUCCCAGACCCAAGGCCGCGAGAGCCAGCCCCGACAUCGAGGGAGACUUUGGGUCGGGCAAUAACCUCAGCAAUUAUAUCCGGUUCGCUGUGCGCGCAGAAGUUCAGCAUCGCGAACCAUUUGUCGCAUUCUUUAGUUACUUGCGAUCUAAGUUCGAUAAGAUCACUAGCUCCAAAUCCAAUGCAGCCCUUUCUGUAAUCGUUGCUUUUCUCUCGAUCGCGUUCAUGCGCGCCUUGUUUCUACCCAGCAUCCCCGAGGCGAUCCCCGACCUGGUCAAGUUGUCGGGGUUUGCGCGCUCGUUCGAGCCACUCAUUUACUACUCGGAGAAUGGCGCGCAUCAAAUCACCGCGUUGCAGGAGACCGGGGUGGCCGUUUGGGACCUCGGGGAAUCGGUGCGCGGGACCAACAUGACCAGUGCGCCGAUCAUCGUGCGCCAACUGGACGAGCUCUCCGAGUCACUAAAAUCGCUUUCCCUCGAGCUAGCGCGCUUCUUCUCCGAUGUCGAGGGGGAUAUAGACUCCAUUCUAAUCGCCAUGGAUUGGGCCAAGCGCGAGCUGGAGACGUUAUCAUCGCAACCGCCCAGUACGAUGCCGUCGAUUGUCUUCGAUAAUCUCCACGAUAUCUUUGCGCGACUGGGGGCGCUGGAGCGGCUUAGCGGCUCCAGUGGAGAAGGGUCCGGCAGCGAUCUCACCAGCACCCCAACUACCUUUGGUAACUUCGUGACCGCCGUUUUUGGCCAGACCUCUGCCCAGCGCACACGGGCAACCCUGACGCGCACCUUUACCGAGAUGCUGUCGGUGCUCGAGGAGGCCAUCAACAACGAAUUGACGCACUCAACGGCGUUGUUCGCCCUAUUCGAAUCCAUUGACCGCCAGUUCCUCAACCUUCAACGGACGGUGGUCCGCGAGUCGGACGCACAGGAGCGAGAGGAAGGCGAGAUGCUCAGCUCACUGUGGACUCGAGUCCUCGGUCCCGAUGCUGCCGUGGUCCGCAAGUACGAGAAGAACAAGCGGCUGCUGGCCAACGUCCGUAGUCGCACAGUCACUAACAAACACCUCCUGAUGGACCACCGCGGCCGUCUACUAACGCUCAAGGUCAACCUUGAGACGCUGCGACGCAAACUCGUCAGCCCGUUAGUCCGGCGCAAUGACUCCGUGAGCUUCAUGGGCGUCGAGUCUAGUAGUCGUAGCCACGGCCGCAUGCUCGGACCGGUCGAGGCAGUGAUCGAGGGUCAAAUCCGCGGGCUAGAGGGCAGCUACGAUUAUCUCCUUUCCGUCCGCGAGAAACAGAAAGCCAAAACCCUGGAGUUCUACUACGGCUUCGGGCGGCGCUUGCCGCAAAACCCUGUCCUAGCCGACGGGUCGGACGAUCUUGGGGCGGACGCGAUUGACGGCGUGUGA